AAGAAACAUUCGAUGACAUAUUCCAGCCAGGCAAAAACCUUCAAGGAGGAUGCAAGCAAGGAUGAGGAGUGUUGUACAGUGGUAUCUUGGUUCUUCAAACGCCUUGGUACUCAAACAACUGCAAACCCGGAAUGCAUCACCUGUGGUCCUGAAAUGAAAGGAAACUGCUUUGGCCCCAGCAUCUGCUGCGGAGAAGAAUUUGGCUGCCUCAUUGACACCGAGGAAACUCAGCGCUGCCUGGAGGAAAAUGACCUGCCUGACCCCUGCACGUCCGGCUGGAAGUGGUGCGGUGAAGACGGGAGAUGUGCAGUGCCGGGCACAUGCUGCACUGUCGAGAGCUGCACUGAAGAUCCGGAGUGCGUACGUCCCUGAAGUCUGCAGGGAGGCAGCCUCCGAAACAUCGGUUCUCCAACUUGUAUUUCAGAACGCCCUCAGAAAAAGAAGAAUCCGAAGAAUAUCCUAAAUAGCGUAAAGAAAAAAUAAA